CUUGUCCCUCCCCCUUUUCUAUAUCCUGAUACUUUUUUUCGGUCACUAAACCUCUGCUACCAGCUAAGUUAUGGCACUGUUGAAAUCCAAAAAGGUGAUCUCUAGUAUCGGGACAUUCUCGACAUCCCUGGGAGCUGUAUCCACUAGGAACAGCUCCUGGUGGGCUGGGGUGCAGAUGGGCCCCCCUGACCCCAUCCUGGGGGUGACCGAGGCCUUCAAGAGGGACACUAACCCCAAAAAGAUGAACUUAGGGGUGGGGGCCUACAGGGAUGACCAGGGAAAACCCUUUGUGCUUGAUUGUGUCCGUAAGGCUGAGGCAUUGAUUUCUUCCAAGCAGUUGGAUAAGGAGUAUCUGGCCAUUGGUGGUCUGGGGGACUUCACCAAGUCCUGUGCUCAGCUGGCCCUGGGGGCUGACAGCGAGGUCCUCAAGAGUGGCAGAAACAUCACUGUCCAGACCAUAUCAGGCACUGGCUCUCUGCGCAUCGGAGCCAAUUUCCUGUCUCGUUUCCACAGUGCGUCCCGGGACGUGUAUCUGCCCACCCCCUCCUGGGGCAACCACACACCCAUCUUCAGAGAUGCCGGCAUGCAGCUGAAAGCCUAUCGCUACUAUGACCCCUCCACCUGCGGCUUUGACUUCAAGGGCACGCUCGACGACAUCUCGAAAAUGCCAGAGAGGAGUGUGAUCUUACUGCAUGCCUGCGCUCAUAACCCCACCGGGGUAGACCCCAAGCCUGAGCAGUGGAAAGAGAUCGCAGACCUGGUGAAGAAAAGGGACCUGUUGGUGUUCUUUGACAUGGCCUAUCAGGGCUUUGCCAGCGGUGAUAUUGACCGUGAUGCCUGGGCCGUUCGUCACUUCAUUGAGCAAGGCCACAACAUUGUCCUGUCUCAGUCCUUUGCCAAGAAUAUGGGCCUCUACGGUGAGCGAGUGGGAGGCUUAACUCUGGUGUGUAAGGAUGCAGAGGAAGCUAAGAGGGUGGAGUCCCAGUUGAAGAUUCUGAUCCGGCCCAUCUAUUCCAAUCCUCCAAUGAAUGGAGCCAGAAUUGCUGCCACUAUUCUCAACACCACAGAACUUUACAAUAUAUGGCUGGAGGAGGUCCACUGCAUGGCCAACCGCAUCAUUAAGAUGAGGGAGCAGUUGGCGGCCAACCUGAAGAGUGAGGGCUCCACCCACAACUGGGAGCAUGUGACUGACCAGAUUGGCAUGUUCUGUUUCACAGGCCUCAAGCCUGAUCAGGUUGAGCGUCUGACCAAAGAGUUUUCAGUGUACAUGACUAAGGAUGGUAGAAUUUCCAUGGCAGGCGUCACAUCCGGCAAUGUGGGAUAUCUGGCCCAUGGAAUUCACGCCGUCACCAAGUAAAAGGAGCAUGCUGGGAGAAAUGGGCCAGGUGGAAAACCAAAGGAACCACAAACUAAAAAGUUUUUUUUCAUUUCAAUCGCCCUUUGGGGCACUCAAGUUUUCUGUAAAAUGUUGUUGAAUGCAUUUCAUCAAGUUCAACUCAACUGUCUUAAUGUUAGGGUUGAUUUUUAGUUCCCCCCCCCCCCCCCAUCCCAUUGAUCUGCCUUACAUUUGACUGAUGAGCUUAAUCACUGUAUGUUAGUAUCUUAAUGAUUAAAUGGUUUAGCUACAUUAAAAUACAGUAGAUUACUCUCGUUUUAAUCUCUUCUGUCUGCCUGCUGUGGGCAGAAGUGCUGUCAGUUUCAUGUGAAGUUUGUCUUUUCAUGUAUCUUUACAAAAUGAAAGUAACAUUUCCUCAGCAGCAGUAUUUGACAGAUGGUGAACACACUGUUGGUCACAAGAUUCUGGCACUACUUUUAUAUUGGUAUUUUAAAUGGCUUAAGAAAUGGCCACUAAUGUAGAAUAAUUCAGUCUGCUAAUGACCAUGUGACUCUUUGCAUUGUCACAUGCAAGCUUCCAUAUUCAGUGUUGUCGCUUUCUGUAAGCAUUUAGUUAAAUGUACAUGACAUUUUGCUGCAAUAAGAGCAGGGUCUUUGGGUUUUGUAACUCUUGAUGACGGAGCACCCCUUAAUUCCCCUGACACCAAAAUAAGGUUUUAAAAGGACAAAAACUAUCCUUUUUUUUUCUCAUGAGAAAAGGCAUUUCAACAGUGUGUUCAGGUCCCUGGGCAAUACCAGUUCCACUCCAUCCCAACCAGGAGCUAAGUCCAUGUCCAUAUGAACAUUUGUAUAGACUUUGUUUUUCUGUGUGUAUCAGCUUUUAACAAGGUGACAAACUCCUGUUGCUCAUGGUGAAUAAACUGCUCUCAGAUUCUG